AGGUAAACAAAACGUCAUUAUUUCACCGUCUUUCGUUUUUCACGAGUACAAAUUAUUUAUUCGAAUGCGUCCUAGCUCGUUCUUGAGCCCGAAAAAAUACAAAUGAAUACUUUAGUCCGUCUGUUUCAGUCACCAAGACUGUGGAUUACGUCGAGACCCACAGGAUUGCCAUAUCAGGUGAACUCCAGCAUUACAACCACAGCAUAUUCAGCUGAUCAAUCAGCUACCAAUUCCAAACUCCCGGAAAAGCCGAAGCGGCCUAUCAAUGCUUUCAUGAGAUUCUUACAAUCCGUUCGUUCUUCAUUGCGGGCCCAACACCCGAGUGCUUCUACCCCAGAAAUCGCGAGACUAGCGACAGCUCAGUGGCAAGUUCUAGACGCAAAAGCCAAGUCAAAGCUUGAAGAUGAGUACAAAAAAGAUCAAGCCGUCUGGCUGCAGAAAAAUGCUAAAUACUUAAGUGAGCUGACCGACGAUCAGAAGGAAAGCAUUCGCCAGGCUCAGCAGGAUAAAAGUGAAAGAAAGGCGAAGCGAGAAUGCCGCAUGAGAGCCAAACAGCUUGGCAAGCCGAAGCGACCGCAGAAUGGUUUUCUACUCUUCGUUUCGGAACACGCCUCAAAGACUGCAUCUAAGGAAGAUAAUAUAGCUCAGGUUAAGAGUUUGGCCCAGAAGUGGGCCAAGUUUACCGACGUAGAGAAGAAACCUUACAACAGUCGCGCAUUGGAUGCACUUCUGAAGUACCAAAACGACAUGAGAAUUUGGGAGGAACAGAUGGUUGCGGAGAAUAAUUUGGACGUUAUUCGACGCAAACAUAUUCUACUUCCAGAGAAGAAACGACGCGGCGACCCGUCUGCUAGCCAAUAGGAAUUCGGGUGUCCCUAUCCAGACGAAUUGCCAUUAUCUUUAGCGAAAAGUAAGAGUUCUCCGGAAUACCUUCGAAGGACUAUUCGGGAUCCAGCUGUUAAAGAAUCAUCCACAGAAUUGAUGGAUAGGGAUACGAGUGAAAGGAAGGUGAAGCUAUCGGCGAACAGUCAACACAGCGCUCAAACAACCAAGGAAGGCCCUGCAACGGAAGCAGAGAAGCAGGGACAAAAGAGGGGUAUUGUAAGCAAGUUGAAGUCGAUCUUCAACUUCUGACGUUGGUGUCGUUGGAAGGAUACAUUGCUUUUAAUAGUACUGUGGCUGUAUUUUUAAACAAUCCUUUUUUUCUUUGAUACAAGCAACACUCCUGCUAUUAUCCUUCCAAUGAAUUUACCAAUUGUCCUUUUGAAACAAUGUGCGUUGUUUAAUCUUAUAUAAGUUUUUCAACCUUCUCUCAUAAGUUUGUGGCAAAAAAGUAAAUAAAACUAGUAUUGUAACCAUGCGA